UUAACAUGACAGAUGUCAACUAUCAAAACUUCCAAGCAGGGAGUGAUUUUGACAUCUAAAAUUAUUCUCAAGUAAUUCUUUUUGCGAGUAUUACUUUUGUACAAGGAACCAAUAGCAGUAUAAAAUGCCUGAACUCACAGAAUUAGACAAAGCUACAGCUUCCAUGACUGAGAAGAGGAAGGAAGAGACAGCCUCUUCAGACAGUGAUUCUGAUGAUUCCAUCCCAGAAUUGGAAGAUGCAGGUGCACCAGGAGCUGGAGGUAUCACUAACCCCAUUGCAGGCAUUGAUAUUGUCUCUAAAGCAAAGCAAACUCGUGGGGAAAAGAAAGCUCGAAAGAUCAUGAGCAAGUUGGGACUUAAGCCUGUACAAGGAGUAAACAGAGUAACAAUAAGGAAGUCUAAGAACAUUCUUUUUGUUAUCAACUCACCAGAUGUAUACAAGAACCCUCACUCUGACACAUACAUAGUAUUUGGAGAAGCUAAGAUUGAAGAUCUCUCACAACAGGCAACUAUGGCUGCUGCUGAACGUUUCAAAGCACCUGAAACUACAACAGCUGGAAAUGAUACUGCUACUGCUGGAACGACGGUAGCACCAAUAGCUGAAGAAGAAGAUGAAGAGGGAGUAGAUGAAACUGGUGUCGAUGAGAAGGAUGUAGAAAUAGUCAUGUCCCAAGCCAAUGUGUCUCGAGCUAAAGCAGUUCGGGCACUUCGGAACAAUCAAUCAGAUAUUGUCAAUGCUAUUAUGGAACUGACAAUGUAAGAGAAGGAUAGUCACAAGGUUACUUUAUGUUCCUAGUUUUAAGUCUUACAAUGAUUAAAGUGAAAUUAAAAGUGUCUUAAUUCUAAAACCACAUCCAACAAUAUAUUAUAAACAGUUAAUAUCCAAACAUGUUUUGGAUAGGUCAUGGGAAUGUAAAUAGCAUUCAAAAUAAAUAUUAUAUGUAUUAUAAUAU